GGCAGUGACAGCCCAGUUCAGCCCCGCCCAGCCCAGGGUUACCACAUGGCUCACCUGUGAAGCAACCAUCCCCAUGAGAGGGAUGAGUAUCCCGGCCAGGGACUGCCUAUAAUUGCUGAGCCUCCUCUGCGCCAUCAAACUCCUGUGUGGCUCCUUGGUGUGACAGAGUGCGAAAAGGUGGCAGGCAAUAUGUCCCAGAUGGAACACAGCAUAGAGACCAUCAUCAACGUCUUCCACCAGUACUCGACACGGCUGGGGCACCCAGACACCCUGAACCAGAAGGAAUUCAAACAGCUGGUGCAGAAGGAGCUAGCAAACUUCCUCAAGAACGAGAAGAAAAAUGAUGCAGCCAUCAAAGACAUCAUGGAGGACCUGGACACCAAUGUAGACAAGCAGCUGUCCUUCGAGGAGUUCUCUAUCCUAGUUGGGCAGCUGACUGAAGCCUCCCAUGAGAAGAUGCAUGAGGGCCACCCCAAAGGGACAGACCACAGCCACGGUCCAGGCCUCGGAGGGAAGAGUGGCCUUGGCCAGGGCCAUGGCCACAGCCACAGCCACGACCACGACCAUGGCCACAAGCACUAAUCAGGAGGCCAGAAUACCCUUCCCUGGGACCAGCCUGGGCUCUGCAUUAUGGGGAAAGGGAAAUGGCUUCACUCCCAGAGUUGUCAUGCCACACAGCCUUAGUUGUGGUCUGGGGUCUGGGGCUGAACAAUAAAGCCUUCCUCCCAACCA